AGGGCUUCACAACAUAGUUUGUACGAACUAAAUAAAAUCAUGUUGUUUGUAACCAUUCUGACUCUGAUGUAAUAAGAAGAAAAUUACGUAAAACGGAAAACAUGGUCGGAAAACAUGAAUUCAAGAGAACAGAACAUUAAAAUUUAAUCUUUCUUAUAGAUAGAGCAGGGUGGAACUAAGAUAUAAUUCUAAAAACCUUGUAUUUUUAAACCGAUGAACUAUUCGGCUAUGUAAGGUUCUGUCUAUUUUUUAACAAUUGAGGAGGAGCGAAAUUACUUCGUUGAAAUGCUUCCGACACUUAAACGUUCUCAUAUUAAAUUAUAUGUGGUCGUUGCAUUAGUCUGUUUGUUCGUAAUAUUAUUGUGGUAUUCAACUCUCCCAGUUUUAACAGGUCAGCUUCACGAAAGGGUCCCAAUGAAAGUAAUUGUAACGGUGUACUAUGAGGCGUUGUGUCCAGAUUCAAAAUAUUUUCUUGCUAAGCAACUGCUGCCAACAUUUAAGAUCGCAAAGUCAAUUAUGGAAGUUAAACUUGCACCGUAUGGCAAGGCGAAAACGAAGCAAAACAAUGGUAAAAUUACUUUUGAAUGUCAGCACGGACCUACGGAAUGCCAAGCUAACAUUUACCACGCAUGUGCUGCUGAGAUAAUUAAAGAUCCACUAUUGCGACUGGAAGUUGCAACCUGCAUGAUAAUGGACAAUCGCUUACCCCAAGAAGCCAUGUAUAAGUGCGCAAAACAAAACAAUUUUGACGUUACCGUCAUCCAAAGUUGUUUCGAAAGUAAACGUGGUAUGGAUUUACUUAAAGUGAUAGGAGAUGCAACUCUUUUACUGAGGCCUCCUGUUACAUUUAUUCCAACAAUCACAAUAGAUGGGUCCCAAGGAAGGCAAGAAUCAAUAUUAAAAGACUUAUUUUCUGAAGUGUGUAAAGCAGCUGGAGAUUCUGAAGAAGUUAAAGAUGUAUGCAAAAAUUAAAAAUUAAACUUAUACUUCUUUUUCAACUUUCUGUACUUGUGAAAAUUUUAAUCAUGUAAUGAAAAUGUUAAUCAAUAUACAAUUAUAAAAUAUU